AUGUGGUGCGAAAAAGCGCGAAUUCCAAGCGUGAAGCGUGAGGGCGCAGGCGGUAAGUCGCAACGCAUAGUGGCGACAGCUCGCGUGGCCCACUCGCCUGAGUCACGCGCGCUCUGUAAUGCUUGCAUAAUAAUAAUGACGGAUGCCGAUCGCGCGGCGGCCCCUUUGAUCUGCGGCGCUUUUGAUCUCGCCGCCAGAGCCGGUCCCGCCGCCCCUGUCUCACAAACGAGCCGCCCGCCUCCUACCUUUAUUCGGUUGGACGCCGCGCGACGAGGCGGCCCUUCGCCCUCGCUC